UUACAGUACAUAUCAAACCACAACGCAGCAUUGCCACCAGCAUUACAGCUGUUAAUAGCGCUACGUUUUUAUGCAAAUGGUGCGUUUCAAAACAAUGUUGGAGAUAUGAUUAAUGUCCACAAAUCCACCGCAUGUCGGGCCAUCCGCAGAGUUUCAUUGGCACUAAGCCGUCGCCUUCCGCAAUCUGCUCACCUCCCCACUGAGGCCGAGGCUGCGGUGAUGAAACACCGAUUCCGCCGGGCCUCUGGCAUCCCUGGUAUUGUGGGCUGCAUCGAUGGGACUCACGUCAGGAUCCAGGCACCAUCUGAGCACGAGUAUCUUUAUGUCAACCGCAAGGGAUACCAUUCAAUCAAUGUGCAGAUUGCUUGUGACGCCAAUUAUAAAAUCUUUAAUUUGGUGGCGAGAUGGCCUGGAUCUACCCAUGACGCACGCAUCCUCCGGGAGAGUGCCUUAUACCAGGAUUUCGAGGCUGGAAGAGUAAACGGGCUGCUUCUCGGCGACAGUGGAUACCCACUGAAACACUGGCUGAUGACGCCUAUAAUUGCUCCGAGGACUGAGCAAGAACGACGGUAUAACACCAUCCACACCACCACUAGGUCACUCGUUGAGCGGUGCAUCGGAGUCCUCAAGCGCAGGUUUUAUUGUCUUCAUGGAGAAAUGCGGAUGCACCCUGAGCGAGUCUGCACCGUAAUAGCAGCGUGCACUGUCCUCCACAACAUCUGUGUCACCAAGAUGAUCCCUCUCCCUAGGCAACACCAUCAGCCGGUGCCGGAGGAAGGUGUUGACCCUGUGGACCAUGCAGGGCAUGAAGAUGUCGGUGGACGACUAGUCCGUACACGCAUAAUUAAUGCUUUAUAA